AUAAAAAGGCAGCGAGGCAGCGCGCGGGCAGACAGUCAAUCGCUUGCGUCUUGUCGGCGACGAUCACAGAGCGCGCGCGCGUGACACUGAAACUCGUUAAAGUCGGGAUAACGCUGCGACGGGGAUAAACUUCACUCCCACAUUGCUGGACAUCUAUCUACUUCGCACGGUCUUCGAGUAACGUGUUCUUUUUUUCUUAUGUUGUCCUUUUUUUCUUCUCUAAGGACGACUUAGGAGGUGUUUUGAAUUUUUUUACGCAUUUUACGUGGAUAUUUUACAAAAAAAGAUGCCUGCUGAUAUGAUGGAAAAGAACUCGUCUUCCCCGGUGGCUGCGACCCCGGCGAGCAUGAACACCGUCCCGGACAAACCCAAGACAGCCUCUGAGCACAGAAAGUCAUCGAAACCCAUCAUGGAGAAAAGAAGACGAGCCAGGAUCAACGAAAGCUUGGGUCAACUCAAAACGCUCAUCCUGGACGCUCUGAAAAAAGACCGCUGUUUUCACCCACAGAGCUCCAGACACUCCAAGCUGGAGAAGGCGGAUAUCCUGGAGAUGACCGUGAAGCACCUCAGGAACAUGCAGCGCGCUCAGAUGACCGCUGCUCUGAACGCGGACCCCACCGUGCUCGGCAAGUACCGCGCGGGCUUCAGCGAGUGCAUGAACGAGGUGACGCGUUUUCUGUCCACGUGCGAGGGAGUGAACGCCGAGGUGCGCACGCGGCUGCUCGGCCACCUCGCCAACUGCAUGACCCAGCUGAACGCAAUGAACUACACGGCCCAGGCGCACGCCGGACCCGCGCCGCCGCCUCCUCCGACCUUCGGCCAGCCCGUAGUGCAGAUCCCCGGCGCGACGCACGUCCCCGUGCCGGUCUCGGUGCCGGCGUGUAAGAGCGCGCCUCCAUCCGGCGCGUCGCCGUCCGACGCUGCCAAGGUGUACGGCGGCUUCCAGCUCGUCCCGGCCACAGACGGACAGUUUGCCUUCUUGAUUCCCAGCGGCGCGUUCACUCCCGGCGGCCCCGUCAUCCCGGUGUACGCGAGCGGUGCGGCCACGCCCCUCCCAGCAGCCGCAGCGUCUCCGCGCGAGGCGUCGCUCACUUCAGACUCCGUCUGGAGGCCUUGGUAAAGGAAAAAGAAAGAAAAAGAGAUGGAGAAAGAGAGAGAGAGACUCCUGAAAGACAUUUACACUGUUCAUAUGCUAUGUGUUUUCGUCUGUUGAAGUUUCACUUGUGUUACUUUUUUUUGUUAUUGUUCUUUUUUUUGUAUGGAAAUGUGUUUUAAGAAGAGAUUUUUUAUGCACUAUAUUUGUACAGUUCAAAAAGGGAGAGAAGUUCAUAUUGAAACGAGAUUUAUACUUAUAGCUAAUGUCUGUUCCUUGCAUUUUUUUUAUAUUUGCGGUAUCUUUUUUUUCUAAAGG